AGCGCGCGCGCCUUGCCUGCCAGCUGGUUCCUAUAGAGACGCUACUGCUGAGAAAGUGAGUGAGUGAGUGAGUGAGAGAGAGAGAGAGAGCGCUCGCGAUGGAAGACGCGCGCGUACAUGUCGGAACAGGAGCAGAGCAGCCGUCCGCGUGAGGGGGGCGAAAGAAAAUAAACAUAAGGGAGGAGUAAGUAAGUAAAUAAAUAAAUAAAUAAAUAAAUACCCGUAAAAGCAAACACGUUCAGAUUAAAGCAUGCGGAUAGAGAGAAGCAGGUCACCUUGAGGAAUUGUACUUUAUUAAAAGAGCCAGGAAGAAGAAUAAGAAGGAGAAGGAGAAGAAGAGUGAGGCGGUUCCGCUGGUCCGCGGCGCACCGGCUGCUGAGGCGCUCGCGCUGCACGCAGGCAUGUCGGCAUGGCGUGCACCAGGAGAACCAAAACUUUAGUGUCGACGUGUGUGAUCCUCAGCGGCAUGACCAACAUUGUGUGCCUGCUCUACGUCGGAUGGGUCACUAACUACAUCGCCAGUGUGUAUAUUAAAGUCCCGGUGCCCGUCCCAGCCAGGAAGUUGGAGGGCGACAAGAAGGGCGAAACUCUGCGGAUUAUAGAGAGACUCGACCGGCUGGAAAACGUCGUGAACCAGCACAUACAAGAAACCCCGCUGAGAUCAGACAGUAAUCAGGAGGACCGAUCGUUCUCGGACUCCUCCCUCUUCAGCCACUGGGGUCAGGAUCUGAACUCCGAGAGUCGCCGGGUCGCCCUCAAGAUGUUCCAGUACUACGGUUACAACGGCUACCUCAGUGACCGCCUGCCCAUGGACCGAGCCAUCCCCGACUACAGACCUGAAGGGUGCAAGAACAUGUCGUACCCCUCGAACCUGCCGCAGGUCAGCAUCGUGUUCAUCUUCGUGAACGAGGCGCUGUCCGUCAUCCUGCGCUCCAUCCAGUCGGCCAUAAACAAAACCCCCGGCCACCUCCUUAAAGAGAUCGUACUGGUGGACGAUAACAGCAGCAGCGACGACUUGAAGGAGAAGCUGCAGGACUUUGUAGAAGAGACGAACGCUAAACGUCCAGGCUUUAUAAAGAUGGUGCGGCACCACAAGCAGGAGGGUCUGAUCCGGUCCCGUGUGAGCGGCUGGAGGGCCGCGACCGCCCCCGUGGUGGCGCUGUUCGACGCCCACGUGGAGUUUAACACCGGCUGGGCCGAGCCGAUUCUCCAGCGGAUCCAGGAGGACCGGACGCGGAUCAUCUCUCCGUCGUUCGACAACAUUAAAUACGACACUUUCGAGGUGGAGGAGUAUCCGCUGUCCGCUCAGGGCUUUGACUGGGAACUGUGGUGUCGCUAUCUGAACCCCCCCAAGUCCUGGUGGAAUCUGAACAACACCACCUCUCCAAUCAGGAGUCCGGCUCUGAUCGGCUGCUUCGUCGUAGACAGGAAGUACUUCGAGGAAAUCGGACUGCUGGACGAAGGCUUGGAAAUCUAUGGGGGCGAGAAUGUGGAGCUGGGUGUCAGGGUGUGGCAGUGUGGUGGCAGCGUGGAGGUUCUGCCCUGUGCCCGUAUCGCCCACAUCGAGCGCGCCCACAAGCCAUACACCGAGGACCUGACCGCGCACGUGCGCCGUAACGCCCUGAGAGUAGCCGAGGUGUGGAUGGACGAGUUUAAGAGCCACGUCUACAUGGCCUGGAACGUUCCGCAGGAAGACUCCGGCAUAGACAUUGGCGAUAUCUCUGCGAGGAAAGCCCUGAGGAAAAGGCUGCAGUGUAAGACGUUCAGGUGGUACCUGGUGAACAUCUACCCCGAGAUGAGGAUGUACUCGGACACCAUCGCUUACGGAGUGCUGAGGAACUCUCUGAAGAGCGAGCUGUGUCUGGAUCAGGGGCCAGACACCGACAACGUCCCCAUCCUGUACCUCUGCCACGGGAUGACUCCUCAGAACGUGUACUACAGCAGCACACAGCAGUUCCACGUGGGGGUGCUCAGCCCCACCAUCGACGACGACGACAACAAGUGCCUGGUGGACGUGAACGGGCGGCCGAGGCUGAUCGAGUGCAGCUACGCCGCGGCCAAGCGCAUGAAGCUCCACUGGCUUUUCACUCAGAGAGGCUCCAUACAGAACAGGAAGUCAAAGCGAUGCCUCGAACUUGUGGAGAGCAACGAAAGCGAGUUUGGCUUCGAGCUCACCGUCCAGAAAUGCAGCGGACAGAAAUGGACUAUCACCAACGUACUGCCUGGAAGCGCCUUGUAACGGGACGUGGAGAGAGUCGAGGACACUGGACACCUCGGAGAAGCCUGGAUAAUGAUGAGGAGACCACGAUGCACCUGGAUGUCUCUGUUUGAAGUUGACAUCAUAUGAUAAAUGUUAAACAUUUUUAUCCCUAGUUACUGUACAUGUGCAUACGGAUCAGACACGUCUGGCAGCGUGGCCAGUGGAAUACUGGUACAUUUAUCGAAUAUUUUCCUACCAUAAGAUUAUUGUAUACCAAAUAUGAUAUAGCUAAGCCUAUUUCUAGAUGUUUUCACUCAUUUCAAGCUUUAUACCAAUUAUUAUUAUUAUUAUUAUUAUCCGAGCUAUUUAGCAAUUAUUUAUCAAAAAUCCGCGAUCCGUAUUAAAUCCGCGAUUUCGAUCCAAUUCGAGUCGAAGAAUUUAUAUAACACUGAGCUGCUAUUCCUCUUUAUUCGCUGUGACCAAUGAGCAUAGAGAGGUUGUACCACAUGACCUCAUACAUGAAAAAGAGACGCACUCAGAUUCUCAAACUGAUCUGUGUAAAUAAUAAAAUAAGCUAGCUAGGUGAUUUCCCCCAUAACUCUGAAAUCAAAAUGGACGUUUUGGGGCUUUUCGUAUGAAUAGUUCAGCUUUGAGGUCAUAUAUAAGCUAGUGUGCUCCGAAUCAACGGCAAAAUUCACUUCUAGAAGGUAGACGCGGUCAAAAUACAAACCGUUUCUCUACAACCAAUAGGGAUCAAGAAUUUCGAUGACAUCAUUCUGCACUUCAGCUUCUCAUCAGAUUUGAGAAUCUGAUGAGAAUCUGACCCCCUCCCACCACCCCCGACCCCCCGCCAUUGUUGCGCAAUUGGCUGUUUUAAAAAGUGGGAGGAGCUACUCGAUAUGUCCCGCCCUGACUAACCGUUUCGGCGGAAUGACGUCAUCACAUCGAGUGACGCUCCGCAUUUCAAGGCACUUCAUAGGGACCUUAAAAUGUUCCUUCUGUACGUCAUCCUCCACAAUUUAACACUUCCCCAGAUUCUGAACAAAGGACACUAAAUCAAAUCGUAUCGCAUCGUAUCAGAUCCAGUGCCGUCGUCAAAUAUCGGAUCGCCAAGAUGGUAUCAUGCGGAAGCUUGACGUUUACGCCGCUGUAAUAUGAGCAGUCAUUAAUAUCGCUGCUUUAACCGCGGUUUAACUUUGGGAGGAUGCAUUCUCCUCUUACACACUGUACUGUACAUCAAUACCAUUUUAUCAGUGAUUUUUUGCUCAGGAUUUCAGCAUUCGCUGUACAGAUGUCAUCCGCUAGGGAAACGGAGCUACGACUGUCAUGUACGAAUGUAUUAAAUAUACAUAUCGUUCUUUUUUUUCAAAAAAAAAAAAAAUCACGUCUAGAAAUAGGCUUGUAUUGUAUAUUGUAUUUGUUAUUUUAUGAAGAAAAAUAUCGGAUAAAUCUGCCUUUAUUACAGAUACGAUAUUCUGCCGUGGAGUUCUCCACACCGUUCUAUUUGGUAUCAUUUGGAUUUGUGUCGACUUGAAGGUUUUACCGAACUCGAUGCAGAGAUUUUUUUUUUUGUUGUUGUUGUUAACGCACCCGGUCCGUAUUUGCUACCGUGUAGCAGGCUUUGGCAACGUUUCUUGCUGUAUUUCUUUCCUCCUAGUGUCUCAGGUUCGUAGGUCGAGAUUAUUUUGGAAUCGAGCUGUACGAUUUGGGGACAUGCCAAUACGUUGGAAUAUGUCUGGAUACAAAUCGACUAUUUUAUAUCUUCAUGUAAAUCUCAGUAUUUAUAUUAUAUGGAAUUAAAAAAGAACAGAUGGCGAGUCAAAGCACGGCUUGUUUAUUUGGUUCGAGCGUGAUGUUCAAAUCUCGCUGUGAUUAAAACACCCCUGACAGUAAUUAACAGCCGAGCAACACGUCAACGCUGUCGGAUGUGCCAGCGUGUUACGUGUCGAGUUCUCCGAGUGUCCUGUUAUCCGGCAAGGUUCGAUGCUAAUCAGAGGUGUGCUAACGUGUUUAUAGAUCAGGAUACACACGUCUUAUACCACUGAUAGGAUAAUAUCAGGAAGUUAAGAAGGCUUACUUAUCCGAAAACAACUCUUUUCCUCAGAGUAGAUGUAUUAGCUAGGUUAAUGCGUGGUACAAACCUAGCAGCGUUUUUUGAUCAUUAUUUUCUUCAGAUUUUCCUCAAAUUUACCUAUUAAAUUACAAAGUAGAGAUGUCACAAGGGAAAAAUAAAGCUUGGAAGGCUGUAGCAGAGAUCAUCGGACCGAGUCAGGACCUGUCAGGACCUGCUGUUUUGGAGACGCUCCGUCCCGGUCGUCUAGCCGUCAUAAUUCGGUCGCUCAGAUCCUUACGCUUGUCCAUUUAUCCUGCUUCCGUCACAUCAACUUCGAGAACAAACCGUUCACUUGCUGCCUAAUAAAUGUAUCCCACCCCUUGAGAAGUGCCACUCUAACGAGAUAAUCAAAAUUGUAUUUAUUUAUUUUUAAAUCCUGCUGUUUAGGAAGUAAGUAAAAGUCACUAUUGUUUCUGAUUUUUAUUUAUUUUUAUUUUUUUUAAAGAAAGCUACUACGGUUUCAUAAGUAAAAAAUAAAAGCUGCUAGCAUUUCAGAAGUAAUGAAGCCUCACAUGUUCCACAGUUUCGGAAUCUUAGCAGCUUGUUUGGAUUUGCGUAAAGAUCUAUUUUUUAUGAGGCUGCAUAUUUUUGCAUAGCAAACAUCCCGCUUCAUUUCCUUCUCUUCGCCUCCCCGCUUUAACUCACAGAUGCCUUCUGAUGCUUAUUUAUCUUGUGCCCUACAAAAAAGAAGCAUCUCAUUUACAAACAUGAUUGUCAAGUUAAAAAUGCCGUCCUUGAAUUUUUCAUGAUGUUGGUGUGAAGAUGAAGGAGGCGGAGAUCAGACACGAGGUCAGCGGCCCUGCGGGAACGAUCUGUUUUAAAGAAGUAGCAUCAAGGAUCAAUACUUCAUUCAGCCAUUCAUCUUACCUCGCCCUUGUGAGAGAGAGAGAGUGUGUGUGUGUGUGUGUGUGUGUGUGCGUGUGUACACAUGUCUCCUACUAUUGCGUCACAUGAAACUGCGUUGCGUUUCUGUUUCAUUCCUCCUUACCAUUAGCUUAAGCGCUAAUGGACUAUCACAGCGCCAGCUAGAUAGGUCGAGAGAAUAUACCAACAAAGUCACGUGGUGACGUAGGUUGAGCUUCGAGGAUGAUAAGCACAGUGGAUAUUCUCUCGGAGUUGUGUGAAUUUUUGCCUAAUUGAAUUAUUUUUAGACCUGUGCUAAUCGGUGCUAAUCUUUGGUUAGUAAUACCGCGCUAAAGCUGGCCGUUCCCCGUUAGCUUAUGUGCCCCAUGAGGCAUCAAGCUGUCUGCAACACCAGAAUGCUUUUGGAGCAUGUGCAGAGACAGUUCCUGCGGCUUAUAGGAAUGCUGACUGCUGCCACUUCGGUGAUUCCGCUGGGCCUGCUCCACCUCAGGCCUCUCUAGCGGUGGACACCGCCAGACAUCAUGCAUCGACACAGUUCUUAAUGGCGGGUGUACCACUAGGGGUCAUUCCUUCUCGCCGGGAGGUGGUCACGACCAACGCUUCCCGCGUUUGGUGGAGUGCAACGUUGAGUCACAGGUGUGUGUGUGGCCGUUGGUCUCCAGAGCAGUCCAUGGACCACAUCAACCUCUUGGCGUUACUUGCGGUCUUCUUAGCCCUGUGGUACUUCUUGCAGGAUCUAGCAGGCCAUCAUGUGCUCAUCCGGUCCGACCAUACCUCAAUGGUGUUCCACCUGAGCCAUCAGGGUGGCACAAGGUCAGUCAAAUUCUUGCGUCUCACUCACAGAAUUCUCACCUGGUCUCUUCCCCGACUAGCAUCCUGACGGCGGUGCACCUCCUGGGUCGAACAACCAGGUAGCGGAUGCUCUCUGAAGGGACCUUCUGCAUUCGGGAGAAUGGAGGCUUCACCCAGAAGUGGUACAGAGCAUAUGGCAUCAAUUUGGCAAAGCAGAGGUGGAUCUUUUCGCACCACUCACUGUCGGUUGUGGUUCGCAAGGACAGAGAUGUCCAGCCCACUGGGACUGGAUGCACUGGCUCACAAAUGGCCGAACUCCCGCCUAUCCCAUUGCUGUGGGAGACUACACAGGAUCUCCCAGUGCAAACACAAGGUGCUCCUCGUAGCACCCCGAUGGCCAGCCAGACCUUGGUUUCCCAUGCUUCUGAGACCAUUGGUGGGCAGACCAUGGCAGCUUCCAUUCCGGAAGGAUCUGUUGUCGCAGACCCAGCCCGUCUGCAGCUCUGGAUUUGGCCUCUGGGUCCAACCCUCUUCUAGCUGAUUGUGAACCUGCUGUUGUUCAUACUGUCAUUAGCGCUAGAGCUGCAUCCACACAUCAGCCCUAUGCUGCACGUUGGGAUAUGUUCUCUUCAUGGUGCAAGAAUCGCUGGUUAGACCCUGCAUGCUAUGAGAUUCCAGGAGUGUUGAGUUUUUUGCAACAUCUUUUGGAUGCAGGCAGGGCUGCUUCUACAUUGAAAGCAUAUGUUGCAGCCAUUUCUGCAUAUCCUGUACCUGUUGAUGGCUCUCCCCUUGGUUCCCAUACCGUAGUGAGCAGUUUUUUGAAAGGUGUGAGGUGCUUAAGGCCAGCCAGCAACCCCCAUUUUCCUGGGUGGGAUUUACCGCUUGUGCUUGACUUUCUUUGUUUGCCAACAUUUGAGCCCUUGCAGUGUUCUGACCUUAAGUGGUGGUCUCUGAAGGCUGCCUUUCUAUUAGCCAUUGCUUCCAAUAAGCGUGUUAGUGAGUUACAUGCAUUGUCGGUCAGUGAAUUAUGCAUGUGUUGGUUGCCAGAGGAUUCUGGCAUGGUGCUGUGGCUAAAUCCGUGUUUUCUUCCUAAGGUGCUGUGUCCUCAAGUUCUAAAUCAGUCCAUUAAUCAGGCUGCAUUUCAAGGCUCAUCCGAAGCGACAGGGUCGAGGGAUCUCCUCUUGUGUCCUGUUCGGGCCCUGAGGUGUUAUGUGGACAUUACUGUCAGUCUGAGGCAAACUGAUCAACUCUUUGUCUGCUAUGGUGGUGCACAGAAAGGUGGCGCUGUGUCGAAGCAAAGACAGUCGAAAUGGAUUGCGUAAGUGAGCACUUUGGCAUACCGAAGAGCUCAAAGGCCCCUGCCAGGAGGUAUCUCCUGCCACUCUACUAAGGCCAUGUCUACGUCUUGGGCUGCCUUUAGGGGAGUCUCCAUGGUAGAGAUCUGUGCGGCUGCUACCUGGGCUUCUCUGUGUACCUUUGCGUGCUUCUACAAGGUCAGCGUGGCUGCCACGCAUGCUGUGAGUUCAGUGGUUCUUAAGGGGAAACCUUGACAGGUUUUUUUGGUGAGUGGCACUCCUCAUGACUAUGUAGGUAGGAGUCAUCCAUUAGUGCUCAGGAGGAUUGAAACAGAACGCUAGUUACAGAGGUGGUUCUGUGAAUUACGGAUGACCGCCAGAGUUUUGUCACUUUGAAUGCGCGAGAAAGGAAUACCAAGGCUGAAUGCUAAGCUCAUGUGAUCAUUAUCCUUGAAGCUCAGCCUACAUCACCACGUGACGUUGUUGGUAUAUUCUCUCGAGCUAUGUAACUGGCGCUGCGAUAAUCCAUUAAUGCUUAAGCACCAUCCGGAAUUCCCAGAACCACAGUUACCUCUGUAACUAGCAUCUUCUAGAAUUCUAAACGUGUAUAAUCACAUAAACGAUGCACAACUUUAUGUUUCACACAUUUUUUAUAUGUACUGCACAUUUUUUUUCCAGUGUGAUUGUUUCACAUGAUUAAUUUAUUUUCACGUUAUGACUUUUUCACAAUUCAUUUUCAUGUGUGAUUUUUACACGAUACAUUUUUUCAUAUGAUUCAGUGAUUUAUGUUCAUAUGAUUUUUUUUCACAUGCUACAUUUUU